GCAACCACUGAAAAACCAAAGCCUCCACAGCCGACGAAUGUGACCGUGACUGCGAAAGAUGACACGACCUUGGAAGUAAAAUGGGAUCCACCAACAAGUAGAACUGAAACCAUUAAGUAUCAUGCGGAAGUCAAGUCGCACUCAGCACAAGGAUGCAGUCCCUCUGGCGACGCGCCACAAACGUGCAGCAUCACCUCACUCUCACCCUACACCAAUUACACGAUUGUAGUUCGAGCGUGCUACGAAAAAGAAAGCAGCAAUUCUGACUGCAGAGAAUCUGAAGGGGUCACGGGGCUUACACUAACAAGCGACCCAGUAAGUGUGAAGGUGACCGCCAUCGAUAAUUCCACCUUGGAGGUGUCAUGGGAACAUCCACGAACAAAUGCGGGUAUUAAAAGGUACACCGCAUGCGUCCAGUCAUCCCCGGAACAAAACUGCUCUACCAAUGACACUGGAAAAACGUGCAUCAUCACAAAUCUGCAACCUUCUAAUGACUACAGCAUCAUUGUCAAAUCGUGUGAUGAAGAGGGUGUCUGCAGUGUCGGUGUCAGUGUUACUGGACACACGAAGCCAAGUGGUUCGUUCCCCUCUUUGUGA